AUGUCUGUCCACCCCCCCACCCGUACUGGGGCAAAAGAGGGUGGCAACACCCCUGAAGAGGAGGAGAGAGAGCCGGGCCAGCGCGCUCCGGCGACCAGGGCGGGAGGAAGCGAACCCGAGGCGGGGCGGGCUUUCGGCCGGCUGACCUCAGCCCUGGACCUGAUCUACAGUAGUAGCUCCUUUGAUGGGGGAGUUGACAAAGCCCUGUUCGUGCAGUUCGCUGAGGUGUUCCCGUUGAAGGUGUUCGGCUACCAGCCAGAUCCCGUGAGCUACCAAGUGGCUGUAGGCUGGCUGGAACUGCUGGCUGGGUUGCUGCUGGCCCUGGGCCCACCGCUGCUGCAAGAGAUUAGUAACUUUCUUUUGAUCGUGCUCAUGAUGGGGUCCAUCUUCACUUUGGUGUCUCUGAAAGAGUCACUGGACACCUGCAUCCCGGCUGUCGUCUGCCUGAUGCUCCUGGUGCUGCUGGAUAUCUGCCAGUUCUUAGUCAAAACUGAGAAGGUGGUCAGACCCACUAGGAAGAAGAUUCCAAGUACAGUCAAGGGAUCCUGAGAGUAGCAUGCCUCUUGCCUCUCUGUGCCAUGUCACUGUCACAGCAGGAACACGGAGGGACACAGAAUCUAUCACCUUGUUACCAAUACAGUGCAUCCAGGGUCAAAACACGGCCAGUGUUGAAAUAGACAUCUUGUCUACCUGGCCCUGCUUUCUCCUUUAGAUAUCUGUUCUUUUUUGACUUUUACUAGCAUUCCUCGUGUCACAUGAAAAUAGAAAAUAAGCAGAAAAGACAUUUAAAUCUCCCCAAAUUUUAAUGCCCCCAAAAUAACUAUUUUCAGUUCCUUUGUGUAACUGUACCUUUCAACUUUUUCGUAUGCCUUUAUACAGAUUUUUAAAAAUGAACAUGAGACCAUAUGUGCUAUUUCACUACCUGCUUUUUAAAGCUGAUAUACUGUAACAGCA